AUGUCGCUUGCGCGUCCAGGAGUAUAUUCAAGGAUAAAAGAAAGAAAGAGUCGAAGAACUCAUAAGAACUCGAGAGAUGGGUGCCCAAAUUGCAAAGCAAAGAGAAUAAAAUGCACCGAGGAACUUCCAUCAUGCCACAAUUGUAUUAAAAAGAACUAUAGAUGUGGUUAUAUUGAGUUCCCCGAGGAAAAGCUCGAGUUGCUUCGUAAGAAAAAUGAGAAAAAGAAAGAGGAACAUAACUUCAUGAAAGGGUUACCUAGUGGUGGUUUCGACCCUUCCACACCACAACCCCAAAUUUUACAUCCUAAUACUUCAGGAAAUAGUGUGCCGAAUAGCACCACGUCUGAUGCUAUUUCAAGCCUACCUACAUCAUUGAGCCCCAAUUUUCGAGGUCGUCAGCAACAACAAACCCCACAUAAUCAAUCUUACCCACCGCAAGAAGGGAUAUAUGACCAAAGAAAUUUUAAUCAAGAUGAAGUAAUCUUUAAAAACGAGUUCUAUAAUAAUAAGGAUUCCUUGAGGAUGUCCUUGUUUAAGGACACUAUAUUUAGAUUAUCCAAGGGUGAAACCGGAUUUUCUGUACCAAAUGCGACGGAUGAAUCGAUUGUGAAGGCUUUUCCAUCUGAUUAUGAAUCACAAUCUAUGCAUGUGAACCUUGAAGGUGAUUUGAACUCAGAGGAAAACUUUCGAAUGGCCUCAGGUCAAGCACAAAUCCUGUAUCUUGACGAGAUGGGGCCUAAUGAUGCUUUAUUUAAUCAAAGAACUCCUAGCGAUUAUCAGGCACCUCUUUCUUUUGAUUGGGAAAAUACUCCAGGUAAAUUUACAAGCAUAGGCAAUGAAGCUCAAUUUAAGGCAUCUAAUAAUUUAAGUGGAAACAAGGUUAAUUUCAAUCCACUUCCCAAUGCUAUUAUUAGUCGCACUACGUUUCCAAAGCUUGUACAAGCAAAAAGGUUACGGAACACUUAUUUGGAAAGAUAUUUAAAUGAUUCUAAUAGAAACGUAAAAUCAUUGGUUAAUUUGGAGUUUAAUUCUAUAUUUUCACCUGUUUGGACAAACGCCAAUGCAGAUUCUUUUUGGGUGUCUGUUUAUAAUCAAGCAGUUGUACUUGAGGUAUAUUUUUCCUUCUUCAUGGAUAGAUCCUUGAAUGUUCUAUUGAAAACUUGUAAUGUUACAUUAAAUGGAGAAAUAUUUUCAAAUUUAUCAGAAAGUCCAUCAUAUUCGUCGAUUUCAGCUUCAGAUACAUCGUUGUCGUCUAAUGCUUCGUCAGAUGAUGGAUUCUUUUUCACAAAAAAGGACUUAGAUAUACUCACGCAGAAAUCCUAUAGGUAUUAUGGUGCUUUGAUAAAAGACUUACGGAAGUCGAUAACUGACAUCCACAUCGAGUAUCCACUAAAAAUUUCCCUAUUUUCUGCAUGGUCAAUUUUCUUUCAUACCCAAGCUACUGUUGAAACUUUAUGUCUCAUGUACAAUGGUACAUCUUCGUUAUUAGUGAAGGUUUUUAAUGAUUCCACUUCUAUUCGGGAUAUAACGCCCACAAUUCAAGUCACACUAGAAACCUUAAAUGGACAUGCGCUGGCAGCUUUGAUUCCUGACUAUAAUUUUAACAUCAUCCUGGAUAUAUAUGAAGAUUUCAAGGAAUUCAAGACAUUUUUCAUGGAUGCUCAAGCUACUUAUAUUAAAAGAUAUGCAGAAGGAAACUCAGAAGACGGAAGGAAAAUGCGAUUAAGAAGUAACUUGGAAAAACAUGAUUGCUUAGAACUAGAGCUGUUUUUAGAAAAUCUUGUUACUGUAAUUUUCCCAACGAUAAACUACAUUAAUUGCUAUUAUAGAACUAAUAACAAUGUCAAAGAUACCAAUAGCAACAAUAUUUAUUUCACAUCCGUGAGGUUAAUCUUCGAUUUAUUAGUUUCCUGGUUCAAAAAUUAUCCUUCUGAUGCUCUUUCAAUGAGCUCAAGUGCUUCCCCGGUUAAGAAAACCUUUUAUUUGUUUUAUUCUGUUAUAGGAAGAGCCUUGACUAAUAUCAUUUCGCCUGUGAGAAGUGUAUUACUUGUGGAUCCAUGCAAUCUCUUCUGUCCCAGAGUUGAUUUUGAUCCAGAGAUUUAUAAAGUUGAGCAGAUAAACAUAACGACUGACGAAUUUCAUUAUUUGCGUACUCUAUCGGAAAAAAUGUUGCGAACGGUGUCAUUUUUUGAUUAUAGAGUUUUGUUCUAUUCUUAUUUCUUAUCAACGAAUACUAUUUUAAAUGCAGAAUAUGUGAAACCAUUCAACAUACCCAUUCAAAAUGACAAUGAUCAUUAUAACGAUAUCGUACAAUUACUACCAAAAAAAUUGGACAUACAAGAGGAUCAAAUUGAUAAUUUCUCCGAUAUAACCCUUAAUGCAAACCACUUUCCCAUAUUUGAUAUCUUCCACGCUAAUGAUGAAUACAGGUCGAUUCUUAGCCACGAAAAACAAAAUCAACAACUCAGAAAACAACAACUUCCAAACGAAUUCAACUACAAGACUGGUCUAUUAACUCACGACUUUAACCCUCUGUCGUUAUUUAACGCGUUAAAAAUAAAUCAACAGUCGUACUGGAAUUCAAACCAGCCAACCCUCGAAGAAACAAGAAUCAGAGUCCAGAACUUUGAUUACGGCAGACAGGCGGUAGCCAAUACCGUAAAAAAUUCCUUAGUUUCAAAUACUUAA